CGGCUUCUUCCUCGAGUAACACGUUAUUAGUAACGUAAACAACAGUUACAUUACUGAUUAAGGCCAUAAUUGUCUUUCACUUUACUCACGCGCUUCCCAGUGCAGUCAGAAGCACGAUACCAGCCCCAAUACAACAAAUUAACUGAAGAAUGAACCAACACAGAAAGUAGACCAAAAUUCCAGACUGUACCAUUCAAUUCUCUACAGUGUUGAGUCGCCCUGGUUUGGUUUCCGUCGAGGAAUCCAUAGAUAUUGAGAAUUGACAUCGACAGACCACCAUAAUAACUUUAAAGGUACCUUUGUUUUUCUGUCAUUAAAUCCGUACCGUCAGUAUUUGUAAUGGGCAGGGCCACCCGGUGAUGGAUUCCGGAGAGAAGCGAAUUGGGGAGGAACUGUCCCACCCUAUUGUGUUAUCGGAGCGUGUUUGGUCCGCCGUGAAUGAAGCCGAGUCUUUCAAACUCGAGUGUGCUGAAGUGGGCAAGCAAGUCGAUCGCCUCGCCCAAAUGCUCAGAACGGCGGUUCGAUUCGCCGCCGUCUACGAGCGUCCUGUUCGGCGGGUGGUUGCGGAGGUUUCCAAGAAUCUCGAACGUGCCCUAACCCUAGUUCGAAAAUGCAAGCAUCGGAGUGCGCUUCGCCGCAUGAUGACCAUCACCAGCGUAACUGAUUUUCGAAAACUCUUCAAUCUUCUAGACGCUUCCCUUGGGGACAUGAAGUGGCUUCUCACUAUAUUCGAAUGCAACGGAGGCGGAGGCGGUAUAGUGCUUUCGCUUCCCCCAAUUGCAAGCAACGACCCCAUUAUUGCUUGGGUUUGGUCCUCUAUUGCCUCCAUUCAGAUGGGUCAAUUGCCAGAUCGUAUCGAAGGGACCAACGAACUCGCUUCCCUUGCCGCUGACAAUGAGAGAAACAAAAAGAUUAUUGUCGAAGAAGGGGGAAUCCCUCCCCUGCUUAAGCUUUUAAAGGAAGGUCCCUCGCCGGAGGCUCAAAUUGCGGCCAUCAAAGCGCUCUAUACACUCGCAAAUGAUUCGGAUAGGGUGAGGACUAUUGUCCAACAACACGGAGUCCCGAUUAUAGUGCAUGCUCUUGGAAACUCGCCGAUGCUGGUACAGAUUCAAGCGGCGAGUUUGGUGGCGAGAAUGGCGGAGCAUGACCCCCUAGCUCAGGAAGAUUUCGCACGGGACAACGCGAUUAGACCCCUCGUUACUCUAUUGUCGUUCGAGACUUAUAUGGAUGAUCCUAAGAACGAAGCGUGUAGGCAGAGUAUCCAUUCCAUUGUUCAGAUCAACAGAAACCUGGAGAAGAAGGCAUUUGAAAAAACAAAGGAACAGAACCCGAUUUCAAAUUCGCAAUUGAAUUCAAGCUCUUUGAGGUAUAUGGAUGGGAGUAGUCGGGCAGGGCAGUACCGGAAAGAGAGGGAAAAUGCGAAACCUGAAAUAAAGCUUAGGCUGAAAAUUGCUUGUGCCGAGGCUCUGUGGAUGAUUGCCAGAGGGAGCGUGUCGAAUAGUAGUAGAAUUUGUGAGACAAAAGGGUUGCUUUGUAUGGAAAAGAUGGUGGAGAAGGAAGAGGGAGAAUUGCAGCUGAAUUGUUUGAUGUGUAUAGUGGAGAUAACAGCUGCGGCAGAGUCCAAUGCAGACCUCAGACGUGCAGCGUUCAAGACAAAUUCCCCUGUGGCGAAGGCUGUGGUGGAUCAGAUGUUGAGGCUAAUCACCGACUCGGAGAACCCAACGCUGCAAAUUGCCGCCAUAAGGUCGAUAGGAUCGUUGGCAAGGACAUUUCCCGCGAGAGAGAGUCGAGUGAUUGGUCCUUUAGUAGUGAAGCUUGGGAGCAGGCAUGUAAACGUGGGUGCAGAAGCUGCCAUUUCGCUGGGGAAGUUUGUUUGUCCGGAGAACUUCCUUUGCAUGGAGCAUUCGAGGAGGGUAAUCGAGUUGAAUGGGGUGGCUCUCGUAAUGAAGUUAGUUAGGGAGAAUGAGAAGAGUGCGAUGGAUGGAGUGAUUCUGUUGUGUUACCUGGCACUUCAUGCGGGUAGCAGCGAGGCUGUGGAUCAGGCAAGAGUGUUGACAGUGCUGGAGGGGCAGGAUCGCAGCAUGAUUGGCCAAUACCCGGAGUUGAAGGAGUUGGUGGGGAAGGCAAUUGGUCACCUCAAUCUGUAUCACACAGGAGGAGGGGGGAGUCCAUUCUAAGGGGCACUGCCAUAUAUCUAAAUAUCCUCUGAACAAAUAAAUUAUUACAGUUACAUAAGAGUCGUGUAAAGCUUAGGUUAUACCUUGUUAGCUUCUAAUGUGGUUGACAGAAGACAGAAGACAGAAGAGUGGCCAACCCCCUUCUCUCUUCUCGUGCCUUGAAUUGGUUUUGUGGUUUUUGAUGUCUCUGCUUGCUUGUUCCUUGAAAAUUACAGCAUCCCCCCUCUUCCCAUAAAAUAUUCAAGCGGACUACACAUUUUUUUAUUGCCCAA